AUGGCAAGUAAUGAUGGCAUUUUCACAUGUCCAAUUUGUUUGGACUUCCUAAAGGAUCCAGCGACUCUUAACUGUGGACACAACUACUGUUUGGGUUGUAUUGAGAACUGCUGGAAUGAGGAAGAUGUGAAGGGCGUUUACAGCUGCCCCCAGUGCAGACAGACUUUCACUCCAAGACCCGUUUUAAACAAGAAUUGUAUCAUGGCUGAGCUCGUGGAUCGAAUGACGAAGAGCAGAACACAAACUGCAGCUGCUGUUGAAUGUGCUGCUGGACCUGGAGAUGUGGCCUGCGACGUCUGCACCGGGAGAAAACUCAAAGCUGUCAAGUCCUGUCUGGACUGUCUCAAGUCAUACUGUGCUACUCAUUUAAAAGAUCACAAUGAACUUGUUAAACUUGGUAGAAAUCACACAAUUAUCGACGCUACGGGCCAGCUACAGGAGAGGAUUUGCCCCCGUCACAAUAAAGUUUUUGAAAUAUUUUGUCGGACUGACCAGAGUUGCAUUUGCUAUCUAUGUACGAUGGACAAUCAUAGAGGCCACAACACCAUCACGGCUACAGCAGAAUGGAGUCAGAAAAAGGAGGGUUUGGGUCAGAGCCAGAGGAGAUGCCAGCAGAUAAUCCAGUUGAAGGAGAAGGAGCUGCAGGAGCUGAGAAAGGCUGUGGAGACUCUCAAGUCUGGUGCAAAGACAGCAGUGGAGGAGAGUGAGAGGAUGUUUACUGAGAUGGUCCGCUCCAUUGAGAGAAGACGCUCUGAGGUGACAGAGCUGAUCAGAGAUCAGGAGAAGGCUGAGGUGAGUCGCGCUGAAGGACUCCUGAAGCGACUGGAGCAGGAGAUUGCUGAGCUGAAGAGGACAGAUGCUGAGAUGAAGCAGCUUUCACUGACACAGGAUCCCAUCCAUUUCCUCAAGAACAUUGCGUCCAUCACUGAGAAGCCUUACAGCACAAUUUCAACCAGUGUGACCUUCAGCCAAAGCUUCUCCUUGGAGCCCCUGAAGGAAUCUUUGUCUGCACUGAAGAUGCAACUGAGCGAGAAACUAGAUUCAGUCUUCCAACAGGGAAUAGUCAAGAUAUCUGCAGCAGCUAUGACCCAUUUCCAGAUCAUCCAGCACAUACAGUGUGAGAAAAAAUCAUUGCAGCUGGAGGAAAAAUUCAAUUCUGUCGUCAAGCAUAAAAGAGUCAAGAUAUCUGCAGCAGUGUCUGAUGGCCAGGCUCUUAUUGAUGAACCAGAGACCAGAGCGUUCUUCACCCUUAAGAAGUGUGAGGUGCGUAGGAAAGACGAGGAGGUGCAUAGGAGAGACGAGGAGGCGCGUAGGAAAGUGCCGGCGCAGUACCCCGACUCCCAUCAUCUGUUCGUGGGAAACCUGCCGCACGACAUCUACGAGGAAGAACUCAAGGACUUCUUCAUGAGCUUUGGCAAUGUGGAGGAGAUGCGCAUCAACCCCAAGGCCAGAUUUGGUUUCGUGGUAUUCGAAGACCCCGAGGCUGUGCAGCGGAUCCUGGGUCACCAGCCGAUAAUGUUCCGAGGAGAGGUGCCGCUGACCGUGGGGGAGAAGAAGACCAUGCGCGGAGGUGGAGGAGGAGGAGUCCUCACGUCUUAG